AACAGUCUUAUAUCGUUUCAUCGGUGUGAGCACAUCAUUUACAAUCAAUUGUGUUUUAAUCUAGAGUUUGUGUCUUUACUGGUGGGACAUCGGCCAUUUAUCGAGAAAAAUGUGUACUGAAGUAGAAAACAAGUCUUUCACGACUCGUCUGUGGGAACUUCCUGUGGCACUGGCGGCAGUUGAUCAACUAUCACAAAUUUACAAUGCUGUGAAGGAGCGAAAUUGUGUCACAAGGAUGGCUUGUAAUGCCGGUGAAAAAACGAUCGAUAUGGCGAAUUCUGCCACUAAACCUAUAAUUCAGGCGGCCAGCACUUGCUCGCUGUCGAAACCCAUCGUUGGAACAGUUGAAUGUGCUGCUGCAACCAUUGACCGUGUGGCAUCAGGAACAUUAGCCAUAGUCGAAGAGAAGUGUCCCAUCAUGACCAAAACACCCACAGAGAUCAAGACUACUGUGGCUGAUACUGCCACAGAGUACUACAGCAAAGUACAAAACAGCUGUGUUGUGCAGAUGUUGGCUGCCAAGACAGAGGAAGUCUUGGAUUAUAGUGAGUUGAUUGCUGAAAUGGCAUUGCCAACUGACAGCAACAAUGAAGAGGACAAGAAAGAACUGGAGAGAGCUGAUGACGUUGCCAGCAAAGGAGCUUUAUUGAGGGCUGUAACCCUUAAGAACAUGGUGACACGUAGAGGAAAGAAGAAACUGAUGACUUUCAGGCCUGUGAAGAUCAGUGUUGAUGUGGUGACAUGUUUACAGGGACAUGUGAAUGACUUACUAGGUAAAUCAUCUGAUUGCAGCAAGAAAGUCUAUAAGGCAUCCAUGUACAUCCCAAACUUGGCUCUCGGUCUUUCUGGUGAAGUGAUUGUCUGUACAAAGGACCUAGUUUUUGCUCUUAAUCAGGCUCACUCAAUAAAGGAUAUGCCCUCUUGUGUGGCCAAUGUGGUGGUCAAGGCCAUUCAGCCACUCUCUGAUGUUACAGACAAACUGGCUGGCUAUGUAUUUGUCCCUCCACAAGUUAUGACUGAGUACCUUCUGACAUCUCGCCCAGUUCAGUGGAUUCUCCCUGAAAUUGUCCCAGUUCAAGACUUGAUCACCAAAAUGGAUAUCACCAUGGAAGAGAUUGAAGACACAACUGAGUCAGAGGAAUUCGAAAAUUUGGAAGACUCUUCAUAAAUUUUAAAAAUUUCCUUCUUUAUUAAUAUAUUUUCCUUUUAAAGAAGUCGCAACUAUUUUAUCUCUUUUUAAUUAAUCAACUACUGUAAAUUAAUGUAUAUUAGGGUCAGGUAUAAGUAAGUGUCCUGAAGUUUUUGAGGAGGAAAGGCUCACAUUCACAAAAGCUCAUGUGGUUUAUAUUUUUACUGUAAAAUUCACAACACUGUUUCAUUGCAGAUUUGAUCAGAGAACUAGAUAUAUUUGCAAAGACUAGUGACUGAAAAUUAAAAAAGCAAUACAUCAUUUUCUUUCUUUGAAAAUUGUAAAGAUUUUAACUUUGUUUUUAAACUUCAAAGUCAAUGGAAAUCAUAAUUAUGGCCUGUGACAUUUUAUGAAUUAUUUUACACAACAAAUAGUUUGUAGUGGUUGUUUCUUGGUGUACAUUGUAAAAUUGAUUUUGCAAGGGUCAGGAAUUGAAGCAUGGGUGUCUGUGUGGCCACAAUGAGAAAAAGUUGAUAUCAAAUGCAUCUGAAUGAUUAGACUGUGUAAUCAAAUGUUACUCUGGAAUUAAAAAAAUUUACUUUAUAUAAUCAUAAUAUAUCAGAGACUUCCAUAAAUAAAGGGAUGUUAUGUUAUUUAGUCUAAAUGGUAAAAUAUGAACAGUUGUUCAAUAAAAACAGUCCUUGUUAUGUUA